CUUAACCCAAAUUCAGGCGAAUCUAGAAACUGUUCAGAGUGAGAUAUUAUUAUAUUUCAGUAUUGUUUAAUAUCAAUCUUAUCUCUAAUACAAUCUCUGCUCGUAUUACCCUAUUAAGUUAGGGAUCUGCUAUAUCUCCUUGUUAUCCCGACACUAUCUCAACCACAUCAUCUUCAAGCUUAACUAACGUCAAUAUCCAAAAUUAUCACUUCCGAGUGAUGCUAUCGUCGCUUCUACGCUCUUUGCCGCGGUGGAGAUGGAAGCAACUCAAUUUCUCUAACCCAAACUUCGUCCGGAUACCUGAAUACCACAAAAUCGAAGAAGAAACUCUCCCAGAUCAUAUUGCUGCCCGUUAUUAUCCUACUCGAAUAGGGGAGGUCAUCAAGGAGCGAUAUCAAGUCGUGGGUAAAUUGGGGUUUGGAUCUACUUCAACUGCGUGGCUUGCACGGGAUAUAGAUGGCCAUCGUUAUGUUAUGCUUAAAAUCUUUAUCAAGGCUUCAUGUAUGGGUCAGCAGGUGGAUGAUGAGCUGAAGAUGUACAGGCGUAUGGAGCAAUCUGCUAAGGGCCACCCUGGCCGUGACGCUGUCAGGACAUUACUUGACACAUUUAAUAUUGAGGGACCUAAAGAUAAACACCAGUGUCUUGUCCAUACCCCCCUAUUUGAGAGUGUAUUGACUUUCCUACGCCGAAAUCCGGUUGAGAAGCUACCCUCUGCAGUCAUCGCAUUCGUCCUUUAUCGCCUCUUUCUAGCAUUGGAUUAUCUACAUACAGAGUGCCAGAUUAUUCACACUGACAUAAAAGCUGAUAAUAUCAUGCUCGGCAUCAGUGACGACUCCGUUUUCAGCGACUUUGAAGAAAAAGAGCUCCAGCGUCCUGUUCCGAGAAAAGAGGUCGAUCCAGAUGGGAGAACAAACUACAUGUCUCAGGAUCUCAGAGUACCCAAGUCUGUAGGCGCCCCAGUCCUCUGCGAUUUUGGCUCAGCAGUGGUGGGCGACCAAUAUCGCACCGAAGACGUCCAACCCAACAUCUACCGAGCACCGCAGGUCAUAUUACAGGCUCCAUGGACAUAUAGCAUCGAUAUAUGGAAUGUGGGGUGCAUGAUAUGGGAUUUAUAUGAAGGCGGGUCCUUGUUUACGGGCUAUGACCCUGAAUUUGAACAGUACCGCAGUCGAGCCCAUCUUGCUGAAAUGAUCAAUCUUCUUGGUCCUCCGCCAGCUAAUCUUCUUUCUCAAGGGGAGUUGCGAUAUAAGUUCUUUACAGAUGAAGGUGAUUUCCGCGCCGAGAAUCUGUUAAAGAGCCAGAUUCCGCUUGAAGAGAGAGAUGCUUUUUUACGAUUGAUGCGCAAAAUGCUGCAGUGGGAGCCUGGCAAGCGUAGCUCUGCGAAGGAACUGGCAGAGGAUGAAUGGAUACACAUGCAUAUGUGAUAUACAGCAUAAGAAGCAGUAUAGCAUUCCUAUUAAGCUGUGUCUUACUACUUGGCACGACUGUAUAUAUGAUAGUUAUCUUCAUUACUGCUACUCUUUUUCUC